AUGAGUCAACCGUCGCCAGCUGCGCACGCGCUGUCGUUGAAUGCCCUGCCCACCGAGAUCCGGCUCAUGAUUUACCGCCGGACCUGGAAGCCGAGGUUGGUGCGCCUUGACCGCAAAAGCAGUCAGGAAGAUCGCCAAGAGAUGGGCGAACACGGUCAUGAUGGCCUUCGGCUCAGGGCUCGCAGUGCUCCGCCCCUCACAAUGCAUAUCUCGGCCGAGUCUCGCAGGGAAACCCUCCGCCAUUACAAGCCCUUCUUCAAGACUGAGAGUCACACUCUCUACAUCAACCCGUCCCUUGAUGUUGUCGUGCUCACCUUCUUUCCGCGCGAUGAGCUGUUUCGACAACCCACGGAAGACCUACAGCGCCUGCUCGACUACCUUUCUGUGCCAAAGCACCUAGCACUGGCGAACGCUUCCGAGAAAGAGUCGCAGUGGCUGCGGAAUGUGGUCAGUCAGAUGCAAGCAAGCCGGUUUCCCACACUCGUCACGAUUACCAAUAGCAGGCGGACGUGCCCUGAAGUGUCAGCGUGCGGGCUCGCGGAGGAGGUGGUGUGA